GCAAGAUAAGAGUUUUUUCUGCUUAUCGAGCCUCGCGAGCGCAAGCUUUUGCGACUGCCCUCUUAUAAAUUUCUUCCCUCCUUCCCCCAACCUCCCACCAAACUUUUUCUAUCUGCAUCCUCUCACCUUCGCCCAUCUCAGGAAAAGCAUCUUUCAGCCUUUUCCACUUCAAUCUCUAUCACAUUCACAAUGGGCAAGACCAAGGAAGCCAAGGGCAGCAAGGCCACCAAGGCCGCUGCUAAGCCCGCCGCCUCUCCCGUCGUCAAGAAGGUCGAGAAGGCCGUCAAGUCCGCCAAGGAGGUCGCUAAGAAGGCCGUCGGGUCCAAGGAGAAGGCCACCGACAAGAAGUCCAAGAAGAAGGUCGAGUCCGAGUCUGAGUCCAGCGAGUCUGAGUCCGACUCCGAGUCUGAGGCCAGCUCCUCCAGCUCCGAGGAGGAGUCCGACUCUGAUGAGGAGAUGGUCGAUGCUCCCGUCACCAACGGCAAGGCUAAGGCCGCCGCCGCCAAGGAGAGCUCCGACUCUUCCGACUCUGACUCUUCCGACUCCGAGUCCGAGGAGGAGGAAAAGCCCAAGGCUUCCGUGAACGGCAAGGCCGCCAAGGCUGAGAAGAAGGCCGAGUCCGGCUCUGACUCUUCUGAGGAGGAUUCCGACGACUCCGGCUCUGACUCUGACUCUUCUGAGGAGGAGGAGGAGUCUUCCGAGGAGGCUUCUUCCGAGUCUACCGAGGAGAAGGCUGAGCCCUCCAAGAAGAGAAAGGCUGAGGAGGAGGCUGAGGAGCCCGAGGCCAAGAAGAACAAGGCUGUUGAGGACAGCGAGGAGAAGAGCGCCACCCUCUGGUGCGGCAACCUCGGCUGGGGCAUUGAUGACAACAUCCUCUACGAGGAGUUCAAGGACUUCGAGGGUCUCACCGGUGCCCGUGUCGUCUCCGACAAGGAGAGCGGCCGGUCCCGUGGCUUCGGCUACAUCGACUUCGACACCCACGAGAAUGCCGAGAAGGCUUUUAACGCCAAGAACGGCGGCGAUCUACAGGGCCGUGAGAUGCGUCUUGACUUUGCUGCCAAGCCCGCUGCCGCUCCCCAGGACCGCGCUGCCGCCCGUGCCAGCAAGCAUGGUGAUGUCGUCAGCCCCCCCAGCGACACCCUUUUCGUCGGCAACCUCCCCUUCAGCGCCGAUGAGGAUGGCGUCUCUGCCUUCUUCAACGAGGUCGCCAAGGUUCAGAGCCUCCGCAUCCCCACUGACAUGGAGAGUGGCCGUCCCAAGGGCUUCGCCUAUGUCUCUUUCUACUCCAUCGAUGAUGCCAAGAACGCUUUCGAGCAGCUCAACGGCGCUGACAUCGACGGCAGACCAGUUCGUCUUGACUUCGCCAAGCCCCGUGACAACAACGGUGGCGGCGGUGGUGGUCGCGGUGGUGGUCGUGGCGGUUUCGGCGGCCGUGGUGGCGGUCGUGGCGGCGGCCGUGGCAGCUUCGGUGGUGGACGUGGUGGUGGUCGUGGUGGUGGCCGCGGCGGCUUCGGUGGCGGUCGCGGUGGUGGCAGCGGCUUCCAGGGCAAGAAGGUCACCUUCUAGACGAAGAAGACCGAUGGUGAUGAAACCAAACGUGGAGGCCAUGGGGCCCGUGGCAAGAAGAUCGUCUUCUGAACAGAGGUUGGGGAGGGAAUGUGAACAUGCUGUCCUGGGAAUGGGACACAAGAGGGUUGAGGUAGAAAGCGAUGCGCCGCACACAAAGUGGGAUCGGUUCGAGGGCUCUACCUAAGACAUACUCGAGGGCUUGUUGGUUGUCGGCUUUUGAGAACUUAAACUCCAAUCCUUUGGAGUCGUGGGCUUGAGAUUGCGACUGUACCUGAGGGCUUUGAUCGUUGAACACUGGCUGGUUUGCUCUUUGACAGCUUCUUGCAUCGGCUGCCGCGAUGCUAGCUGGUUCUGCCAGACCUUGGCAAUCAGCUUGAUCACAGAUGGGUUUCCCUGGCACUCUGUCGGCUCGUGGGUUUUUGUGGGCUCUGCUGGCUUCGGCCAUUGCUUGCGCGCGCGGUUUCCUAUGAGGGUUCUGGGGUUCAAGGGUUCAUUCUGGGGGCAUCACAAAAGUUGUGUUCGGUUAUAAUAUCCACGGCGUUUUGCUUUUUUUCCUUUUAUUUACUUGGUACGCCAGUAAGUAUGCCAACCCUUAUGGUUCCGACUUCCAGCGAAGUCAUCUCGAUACCCAGUCAGCAGGAGCAUAAUGAGUACAUACGUAAUCCAUAGCGCGGGCGAUGAUUGUGUCUUGCGUGGUUUCCGGCGUUGUUUCUCACUGACCAGCAGCAUUCAGCGACAUGUUUCUACUAAAAGUGUACAGGGAAUUAGCCGAUCGUAAGAGAUAUCUUUUAGACCUAGCUCGUAAUAGAAAAGAAACAUUGUUUACUUCAGC